AUGGCCACUGCGGCCGUGUCUGGCCCCCGGGCCGCCUCCGGAGCCGCCUCCGGGCCCAAGCACUCUGGCGCCGCCGGCUCGGCUGGUUACCAGCCUGUUCACCAGGACGACGAGAAUGAGGGCUCUGCUGAUGAGGGACAGACGGGCGAUGACAUCGCUGCUGCUUUUGCGACCCCCCAAUCUCGCUCUGAGCACCGAUUCAGGGUAGCCACUUACGUACUAUCCGUCUGCCUCGUCAUCCUCGUCGGCUCCAACCUUUACCUAUCUCUGCCAUAUGCGUUUCGUGGACACGGGUCAUGUCCGUGUUUGCCGUCCAAGGUGCCUCAGUAUUUCCAGACAUCUCCAGAGCUUUGGCCGGGACCCACGGCUACAGGGAAGCCAGCCUUCCUGGCUCAGACGAGGACUUUCAACCCCACGGCCAGCUAUGUGCCGAAUGAGCCGCUCCAAACUUCGAUACCCGUUGAAGGCAUGGGUCAAGGUAACCAGAGCAUCUUCAAAAUGAUGGGCUUCUUGUCUCCAUACUCCCCAUCGCCCGGCUUUGGAGUCGGCGAGUUCCCGCUGCCCCCGGAUGCCGAGAUCGUUCAGGUUCAGAUGCUCUCUCGCCAUGGGGCUCGGUAUCCCACGUCCGGGGCCGACGUCGCCCGGUUGGGAGAGAAAUUCGCCAAUGCUACGGGGAAGGCCAAGCUCAAAGGACAGCUCUCGUUCCUCAACAAUUGGAAGUAUCAACUUGGAUACGAGAUCCUGGUGCCAAAGGGCCGGGAAGAGCUGUUCGAGUCAGGAAUCCUUCACAGCUACAUGUACGGCAGCUUGUACAACGCCAAGAGCAAAAUCAUUGUUAGAACGACGACCCAAGAUCGGAUGCUCAAGUCGGCCGAGAACUGGAUGGCUGGCUUCUUCGGGCUGGAAUGGCCGAAUAAUGCUACUAUUGAAGUAAUCAUCGAAAAGCAAGGGUUCAACAACUCGCUUGCCGGAUCGCUGAACUGCCCAAACGCGGACUCCAAGGGACCAGGCAACGAGGCACGGGCCAAGUGGAUUCACACUUAUCUCCAGGAUGCAACCACUCGUUUCCAGGCUCUCUCCGAGGAUUUUACAUGGACCGUGGAUGACGUGUACGCAGCGCAGACCAUGUGCCCGUACGAGACCGUGGCGUACGGAUUCAGCAAGUUUUGCGACCUUUUUACUUACGAGGAAUGGGAAGGGUUUGGCUAUUCUAUUGAUCUCUUCUUCUCCUCAUACAGUGCUUUUCACAGCCCAGCCGGGCGGGCAGUCGGCCUCGGCUAUCAACAGGAGGUCAUUGCGCGGUUGAAGAACCACACACUUGGCUAUUCGGGCUCACAAAUCAACGUCACACUCGACAGCAGCACAGAAACAUUUCCGCUGAACCAAAGCCUGUACUUUGACUUCUCCCACGAUACCAAUAUUGUCUCGGUCUUGACAGCCUUCGGCCUGCGACAAUUUGCUGAAGAGCUGCCAGCUACGAGGAACCCCGGCCCACACAACUUUACCGUCUCCCAUAUCACGCCGUUUGGAGCUCGUCUGGACAUCGAGAUCAUCAAGACACCGAAGCCGCUGUCGCCCAAUCGAGACGGGUACUUGCGCGGAGGUGAAACCAAGUAUAUACACUUCAUUCUGAACCAGCGCACUCUGCCCUUGGGUCACAGCUUUCCCGAGUGCGACGCGGCCCGCAAGGAUGGGUGGUGCGAGCUGGACACAUUCUUGAAGGUGCAAGAAGGUAUGGCUGCCAAAGCCAAUUUCGAGCACGCGUGCUUUGGAGACUACCCCAAAGUUUCGUACGGCGACGUUACCGACGGAUCCCCACCUUGA